UUCAGGACCCAAACCAUUUAGUGAUUUAUAGACGAAUAGCAGAAUGUUAAAAUCUAUCCUACAGUGGAUCGGGAGUCAGUGUCAAGACUUCAAGACUGGAGUACUCUCUUUGUAAUCUCUUUCAUCUGAUCACAAAGCAAGAUGUGGCAUUCUGAAUGCGCUGCAGCUGUUUGAUGCUCUUUUGAAGGAUACCAAUACAAAGAGCGUUACAAUAAUCAAGUCUGCUGGAGAUGAAAAGCACGGAUACGUUUCUCCUGCUCUACUUUAAGCAUACAACCUGUCAAUCUGGAUCACGUAACAGAUCAAAUGUUCCAGUACAAUCUCAAGUUCACAAAAGGUCACACACACAAAGCAUCUGUAUCCUGGACUUCAUGGUGCAACUUGAUCAUACAAGUUGUGAUAUGAACUGAUGACAAUGGAAGAACCUGAGAAAAAACUGGGGUCAAAUCAUGUUCUGGACUCAUCAUCUCUUCGGCAUAAUCACGUCCAACGAAUGUUUAACCCUGUCACAUGUGGUGGACAGGUCAGGCCCACAAAAAACACGGAGGCCAAAAGGACUUAGGGGAAUUUGUUGACAUGACAGCGGCUCUUAAUGAGAUCCGUGGAGGCUCAGCAACCAUCAUAAAAGACUUGACACUGCGAUUCUUGACCGCCGGUGUGCAGUGUGCACAUGAAUGGAACACGAUGAACGGAACUCACGUCCUAAUAAGCCUUGGCGGCUAUAUCGAUGUGGAUAAGUACCGAUAUGUUUACUUUGUGUUCUUUUUGACGCUCUACGUUCUCAUCCUAUGCUCGAAUGGCACCAUUAUUUGUCUCAUCUGGAUUCACAGGAACCUUCACGAGCCCAUGUAUAUUUUCAUCGCGGCUUUGUCUCUCAACUCGCUUUUGUUCAGCACCACCAUCUACCCCAAACUCAUUGUGGAUGUCUUGUCUCAACGGCAGAGCAUUUCACACUCCGCUUGUCUGUUGCAGUUGUUCCUUUUCUACGCUUUAGGUGCUUCAGACUUCUUUCUGUUGUCAGCCAUGGCUUACGACAGGUAUGUGUCCAUCUGCAAGCCUCUGCAAUAUGCAACCACCAUGCGCACAACCAAUGUCACCAUCUUCUUGGCUUUGGCCUGGUUUCUGCCCGGCUGCCAGGUUGCUGUGGGAACUUACAUUAAUGGAAAGCAAAAAUUGUGCAGGUUUGUUUCAGGGGGCAUUUUCUGUAACAACACUGUGAAUAAGCUUCAGUGCGUGAGAUCAGAAACGACGGUCGUUUACGGUGUGUUUGUCUUCAUCAGCAUUGUGAUUCUCCCUGUCUUGUUCAUCCUCUUCACAUACGUUAAAAUAUUUAUCGUGGCAUAUUGCCGUUGCGGCGGAGCCUGGGAAAAGGCGGCCGAGACCUGUUUACCUCACCUGAUGGUUUUAAUCUGCUUCUCUUGCUUGGCUGCGUUCGACGUCAUUGUGGACCAAGCGGGGUCAGAGCUUCCGAAGACGGUUCGCCUGAUCAUGAUGUUGCAAAUAGUGGUGUACAAUCCUCUCCUCAAUCCAAUCAUAUAUGGAGUGAAGAUGAAAGAAAUCUGGAAACACAUCAAGAAGUUGUUCCGUCACCACAUCAAAUAAAUGGAUUUCGAAAUUCAACGUGUCAAAAAAAAAAUAAAU